GCAGUUCAUGGACUCUCUGCAACUGGACCCUGAGACGGUGGACAACCUGGACAUGUACAACCACAUCCCACCUGUCUUGAUGGAGAAGUGCGCAGCCCUGAGCGUGCGCCCGGAGACGGUGAAGAACCUUGUCCAGUCCAUGCAGGUGCUGUCGGGCGUCUUCACAGAUGUGGAGGCGUCGCUGAAGGAGAUCAGGGACCUCCUGGACGAGGACGAGGCCCAGGAGCAGAAGCUGCGGGAGACCCUGGGGAAGCUGCCCCCCCAGCAGGGCUCUCCUCCGGCCACCGCCUCCUCCGCCCUGGCGGAGGUCGCCAAGGAGUGGGCCAAGUACAUGGAGGUGCACGAGAAGGCCAGCUUCACCAACGCCGAGCUGCACAAGGCCAUGAACCUCCACAUCAGCAACCUGCGGCUGCUCAGCGGGCCCCUGGAGCAGGUGAGGGCGGCCUUGCCCACGCCCAGCCUGACUGAAGAGGACAAGCAAGUGAUGCAGAACCUGAAGCGGAUCCUGGCCAAAGUGCAGGAGAUGAAGGACCAGCGGGUCUCCCUGGAGCAGCAGCUGCGCGAGAUGAUCCAGAAGGACGAUAUCACCACCUCCCUGGUGACGACAGGCCGGUCAGAGAUGAAGAAACUCUUUGAAGAGCAGCUGAAGAAGUACGACCAGAUCAAGGUGUACCUGGAGCAGAACCUGGCCGCCCAAGAGAACAUCCUCAAGGCCCUGACGGACGCCAACGUCAAGUACGCCACGGUGCGGAAGGCCCUGGCCGAGGUGGAGCACAAGUGGAACACCACCUUGCAGACUUUGGUGACUUCCUACGAGGCUUAUGAGGACCUGAUGAAGAAGUCCCAGGAGGGGAAAGAUUUCUACGCCGACUUGGAAGGCAAAGUAGGCAAGCUCCUGGAGAAAGCCCAAGCCGGCCGCCAGGCGGCUGAAGACACCCGGCAGCAGGUCUUGGAGAGGGAGAUGAAGAAGAGGCCCCCGCCCCGGCCCACCACCCCCAAGCCCCCUCUCCAGGCGAAGGCCCCGGACCUGGACCCUGCGGAGCCCCUUCCCCUCAGCUCCCUCUCCCUGGCCGACCUGCCCGAGGAGCUGAGGAGCCUGCCUCCCGAGGUGCUGGCCUCUCACCUGGCGCAGCUCCCCCCGGACGCCCUGGCCGCUCUCCUGGGAGCCCACCCCUCCGGCUGUGGGGGCCUGAGAGCCCCGGGCCCCGAGGCGUUCAGGAUGGGCGGCAGGGCCACGAGCGCUCCUCUGCAGCCCCCACAGGUGGGCCAGCCCGCGGCCCCCUACCCUCCGGGCCAGUACAUGCCCGCAGGCCCCCUGCCCAGACACUACCUGCCGGCCAGAGGGGCUGCCCCCACGGCUGGGAUCCCGGCUGGCCCUGGGCAGGGUCCUUUCCCAGGGGCCCUGGGGACCCCUCACAUGCCCACCCCACAGAUGCAGCCUUCUGCCCCACAACCGGCCGUGCCUCCCCUGAGCUCCGCCCCAUCCUCCUCGCAGGCCUUCCCCCCUGGGGCCCACCUGCAGGGCCCGGCCUUGGCCUCUCUGCCGCCUGCCUACCCGGGGCCCCAGCUGCCUCCCCCCCGGUCCUCCCCGCAGCAUCUGCCCAUGCCCAUCUCCACCCCGGGGCCAGCCUAUUGCCGGGGGCAGCCGGCGUCUUCCGGCGGAGCACUGCCGGCGGGCCACGCCCCUCCGCUUUCUGUCCGGCCGCCCCCGACGGCCCCCCACCCCUUUGGAGAUGGCGGCUUCCCCGCCCACACCCAGGCGGUGCGGCCGGCCACCACCACCGUGGACAGCAUCCAGGCCCCCAUCUCCAGCUGCACCUUCCCCCGGGGCACCGCCGGCCCCCUCCCACCCUGGGCGGGGCCUCCCCCCCAGGGGGGUUUUGUGGGGCAGCAGAGGCCCAGCCUGCCAUUCCCCUAUGCCCAGGCCAGAGCCCCUCCCUACAUGCAGCAGGCUCUGCCCCCUUUCUCGGUUGCUCAGCCCCCGCAGGGCUUCUCCGCUCAUGGACCGCUGCAGCCCCCCCUGGAGAGGCCCGUCCAGCCCCGGGCCCUGGCGGGGCAGCCGUCGCUCCAGCAGUUCCUGCCCCAGGGCCAGCUCCCUCUGCAGCCACCGGCCUUCCAGUCUCCGUUCCCGCCCCAGGUCUCCGGGCAGCAGCCCUUUCCGGGUCAGGGCCCCGCUCAUCCUCCCAGCCAAGGGCAGUUCCCCGGUCAGCCGGGACCCCAGCACUACCAGCUCCCUCCCCACUCGGGGGCCUUGGCCUUCCCCGGCAUCUCGGCCGGCAUGAUGGGCCCACCUCCGCCUCAUCGGCCCUCCCUGGCUGCUGUCCAGCCCUUCCCUCCUGGCUCCUCCGGCCAAGUCGCCUUUGGCUCCGCCCCCUCGCCCAGGCCUCCAGGGCCCCCCGCCACGACCCAGAUACCUCCCGGGGCUCCCAGGGCGCUGGCUGGCCCGCAGCCCCCCCCCGCCAGCCAGCCGGUCCCUCGUCACAUCCCACCCGCUCCCAGCCCCGCGGGGCCCCAGAUGCCAGGCGGAGUGGUGGUGCCGGGGGUCGCCCUCCCCUCCCCAGCACCCUCUCCCCAGCCCUCCAUGGCCGCCCCGCCCCCCAUCCUCCUGCCUUCCUCCGUGCCUUGUCCGGGGCCGCUGCCGCCACUGCCCCCCUCCUCCUUGGCCCCGGGCGCCGCGCCCCUCCUCCAGGGCCCGGCCGAGGUCCAGUUCCACCGGCAGAGCUCCUCCACCGAUGACCUCCUGUCCUCCAGCCCCGAGAGCCAGCUGGGGUGUGCCAAGGCCGCGGUCAGCCAGCCACUGCUGCAGCCCACCAAGGCCGACGCCAAGGACGGCCUGAAGCCCAAGGCCGUGCAGCUGAUCGAGAAGGACCCCUACGAGAAGCCGGAGCGCAUCCGGCGGCUGCUGGCGGAGCUGGAGCGCUUCCGGGACACGGUGGCCGGCCUGGAGAAGCCGGCCCCUGCAGGGGGGGUCAGCGAGCUCGACGCCGUCUGGAAGGAGCUGCAGGACGCCCAGGAGAAGGACGCCCGGCAGCUCUCCAUCGCCAUCGCCCGCUGCUACUCCAUGAAGAACCGCCACCAGGACAUCAUGCCCUACGACAAGAACCGCAUCGUCCUCCAGUCCGGCAAGGACGACUACAUCAACGCCAGCCGGGUCGAGGACCUCUCCUCCUACUGCCCCACCAUCAUCGCCACCCAGGCCCCGCUGCCGGGCACCGCCGCCGACUUCUGGCUCAUGAUCUACGAGCAGAAGGUCUCCGUGGUCGUCAUGCUGGUCUCCGAGCAGGAAAUCGAGAAGCAAAAGGUGGUCCGCUACUUCCCCACGGAGCGGGGUCAUCCCAUGGUACACGGCCCCCUCACCCUGGUCCUGACCAGCCUGAAGGCCACCCCGACCCACGUGGAGAGGAUGAUCACCCUGCAGUUCCGGGACCAGAGCCUGAAGCGCACCGUCAUCCAUCUGCAGUUCUCCUCCUGGCCGGAGCUGGGGCUCCCGGACAGCAAAGGGGACCUCCUCCGCUUCAUCCAGGAGGUGCACAGCCAUUACCUUCACCAGCGGCCUCUUCACACCCCCAUCGUCGUCCACUGCAGCUCCGGGGUGGGCCGCACGGGGGCCUUCUGCCUCCUCUACGCCGCCAUGCAGGAAGUGGAGGCGGGCAACAGCAUCCCGGACUUGGCUCAGCUGGUGAAGAGGAUCCGCCGGCAGAGGAAGCACAUGCUGCAGGAGAAGCUCCACCUCAAGUUUUGCUACGAAUCGGUCCUUAAGCAUGCCAAGCAGGUCCUGCAGAGACAUGGGGUCACCGCCCCGUCCAGCAGCAAGCCCGCCAGCAGCCCCUCGCAGAAGCUGUACGUCCACCAAGACCCGCAGGACCUGCCGGAGCCCCCGUCGGCCCCCGCCGUGGAGAAUAAUGCCGCCGUGCUCCAGCCCCCGCCUGCGGCGCCGCCACCGCCUCACCCUGCCGACGACGACGACGGGCGCUCCGGCAGCCUGGAACAAGCCCCGCCACUCUCACCGCCCGCCCCCGGGCCCCAGCCCACCGUGGAGAACAGCCACCGCGUGGAGGACGGGGGGGAAGAGGAGCGGGAGAGCAUGAAGCCACUGCCCCUCCCGGAGGCCCCGGCAGUCCCCGUGGCCCCUCCCUCCUCCUCCUCCUCGCUGGAGCUCCUGGCCUCCCUGACCCCCGAGGCCUUCACCCUGGACAACGCCCUCAAGGGCCGGCACCGGAUGAGCAAGCAGAGCUUCCUCCAGCCCCAGAACGGGGAGGGCCUGCGGGGGACCCGGCCCAGCGGUGGCGACGAUGACGACCCCCUCAGCUUGCUCGACCCGCUCUGGACCCUCAACAAGACAUGAGGCGGGGGCGGGGAGGGGAGCCGCUGCCACCGCCCGGGAGACUCUCUUCACUGGGGGCCACGGCCGGGAAGCCUCUGCAGUGGCUGGAGCUGGCUGCCCCCCACCCCACCCCCACUGUCACACUGAUUCUCCCUCCGGCUGGCUGUUUCCCCACAC